CACAUAAACAAUUAGGGGGUUUGUGGCAUGGCGAAGCAAGCUAGCAGCAGUGGCGGUGCUGUUUACGACGCCCAGCGCUUGGCGAGGAUCAAAGCGAGCAAGCUCUACGAUUCCAAUGCAUCUCCUGGCAAGGUUCCAGUCGUAUACUCCGCAGUGUAUAAUAUCGCGUUCCUGGGAUUGGAGAAACUCCAUCCAUUUGACUCUUCCAAGUGGGGAAGAGUGUGUGAGCUGCUGAUCCAGAAAGGCGAGCUGGAGUCACGUAGAAUUAUGGAGCCUGGAGAAGCUACAAAAGAAGAUCUUCUCGUGGUACACACACCGGAAUAUUUGGAGAGCUUAAAGCGGAGUUAUGUUGCUGCCUCCAUAUUGGAGGUUCCCCCUGUGGCUUUGCUGCCUUAUUGCAUCAUUCGUUCUAAAGUUUUAGUCCCAUUUCGGAAACAGGUGGGAGGGUCUGUUCUAGCAGGCAAAGUUGCUUAUGAACGGGGAUGGGCUAUAAAUGUUGGAGGGGGAUUUCACCAUUGUUGUGGCUAUAGAGGCGGUGGUUUUUGUGUGUAUGCAGACAUAACACUCUGCAUUCACUUCGCUUUCGCAAAUCUCAAUAUCAGCCGGGCGAUGAUUGUCGAUCUUGAUGCUCACCAAGGCAAUGGUCAUGAAAGGGAUUUUGCAGAUGAUGAUCGAGUGUUUAUCUUUGACAUGUAUAAUCGAGAUAUAUAUCCACUGGAUUAUGAAGCAAAACGCUGGAUUGAUCGGCGAGUUGAAAUUUCCAGUGGAACACGGACUGACUCUUACCUGACGCGUUUAAAGCAAGAGCUUGAGGAGGCGUUCCAAGCCUUUGCUCCAGAUCUUUUGGUCUACAACGCCGGCACAGACAUAUUGGAAGGAGAUCCUCUCGGCCGAUUGGAGGUUUCACCGGAAGGAGUGAAAGAGCGUGACGAGAUUGUUUUCAGCUUCGCUCGCCAGAGAAACAUCCCAAUUGUCAUGCUCACGUCUGGAGGAUACAUGAGAAGCAGUGCUGGUGUCAUCGCUGAAUCCAUCUCGAAUUUACACUCGAAAAAGCUCAUCGACUUGGCCGGUGUGAAUUAAACAAGAGCCUCUUUCUUU